UGGACGGCCACAGUACGUUAUUAAACUCAUUCGGUUAAAGUGGUCUAGUUCUGUGUUUCUCCAAUCAACAAAACACCGCACACAUAAAUACUCAGUAUAAAUAAUCCGACGUUCUUAUAAUCCCAUAUACAUACAUACAUGAAUAUAUAUACUCAUACAUAUGUAACAUACAUAUGUACCUGGAGGUAAACAAGCAAUCAGCGGCAUAAACUCCAUAUUUGUGCUUCGCGAAUCGCAACUUAUCUCAAAAAAAUAAAAAUAAAAGAACGCUCGAUAAUCAUGAAACCAUUUUUGUUUUGAAACAACGUGAUUAAUAACCAUUACUUCGAAUCGAAUGUGUAAUGUACUUAUAACGUAAAAAUUAAAUCAAUUCAUUUUUCGUGCACCGAUUUCUAAUUUAAAAAAUACUAUUAAAUUAUGGUAAUGUGUCUAUACAUUACCAAAGUGUUAUUUGCGACAAUUGAUAAACAAACGAAACGCGUUUGCUGGCUUGCGCUACAAAUAACAAAUAUUUAUUUGGCAUAUAGGCAGUAAAUAAAUAAACGUUAUUCAAAUAAUACAAAAAUGGAUAUUGAGGUAAACGCUCCAACAACUGUUGUGAAUAAAAGUUUACGAAAGAACACACUGAAUGCCGCCAAAGAGGAAUAUAACUUGGUACAUGAACCGGUCAGUAUCCAGUUUCAGCACCUGUCCUAUACGGUUACUAUGGGGAGUUUCCGGAAAACACAAAAACAAAUUUUCCAUGAUUUAAGUGGCAAGAUACCCAGUGGCCAAUUAGUCGCGCUGAUGGGACCAUCAGGUGCUGGAAAGACUAGACUUAUGGAUGUUCUUUCGGGGUAUACAACUAAGGGUGUGACCGGAUCUAUUUAUGUUAAUGGAGAAGUACAUAACUCAGUUCGUUUUAGAUCCGUUUCAUGCUACUUAACCCAAGAUGAGCGACUACAGGAGCUUUUGACUGUAGAAGAAAAUAUGAGCAUAGUUUCCGAUCUCAAGUUGGGCAAAAAGAAGAGCAGAAAUGAAAGAAAUGAUAUUAUUAAUGACAUUGUCAACUCAUUGGGCUUAACAGAGAAACGUCACACAAUAACUUCUCAAUUGUCAGGCGGUCAGCGAAAACGACUCUCAAUUGCUUUGGAACUUAUCAAUAAUCCCACAGUUAUGUUUCUGGACGAACCCACAACUGGCUUGGACAGUAGUUCUUGCAAUAAAGUUUUAGAAUUGCUUAAAACAUUAGCGCUGCAGGGUAGAACUAUUAUUUGUACGAUCCAUCAGCCGACAGCGAAACAUUUCCAACUAUUUGACCAGGUGUACAUCUUGGCGUCCGGGAAGUGCGUUUAUCAGGGAAGUCCGAUAAAGGUUGUGUCGUACUUAGAAUCUAUCAACUUACCAUGCCCCAUAUAUCAUAAUCCAGCUGAUUAUAUUAUAGAGUUGGCGGCGGGUGAAUAUGGUGCAGAUAAUAUCGAUAACUUGGCAUCGGCCAUUGGAAAUGGGAAAUGCACUGCCUGGCUGCAAAAUAACAAGGUCGAAUCAGUUAAAGUCCUUAUCAAAUUGUAUGAUACGAAUUUUUCAAAUACGGACUCAGCUAGGAACGAAGUCGACUACAAUCAUCAGUUAAGAGUUCUACUACGUCGUGAUCUAAUUAAAAUGAAGCGAAAUAAAAUGCUAACACAUCUUCGGAUUGCAGUUAACAUAUUUGUUAGCGUCGUGCUGGGCGCUAUUUUUGUAAACGCGGGAAGCGAGGCAUCGCGCAUGCAUCAGAAUUUCAACUGUUUAACUGUUGUAAUGAUAAAUCAUAUAAUGUGCAUUGCAUUGCUAACUUCCGUGACAUUUCCACUUGAAAUGUCUAUUCUAGUUAAAGAGCACUUCAACCGAUGGUAUUCAUUGAAGGCCUACUACACUAGUGUUACUCUACUGGAUCUUCCUAUCACUUUCAUCAGUUGUUUUUUAUUUUCCAUAAUCGUCUAUGUUUGGACCUGCCAACCAUUGGAACUGUCACGUUUUCUAAUGUUUCUUGCUGUGAGCGUCUUAUCGGUUAUAGUUGGUCAGAGCUGUGGGCUGCUAUUGGGUGCUUGGUUUAAUGUGACUAAUGCUUUUUUCCUGACGACUAAUCUCAUGAUAACAAUGUUGUUGUUUUGUGGCAACAGCAUUGUGCGUCGCGACAUGCCCACUAUUUUCCAAUGGGGUACAAAUCUGUCUUACUUUCGCUAUGCCUUGGAAGGUAUUAUAAGUUCUAUUUAUGGACAAAAUCGAGGCCGAAUAAGUUGCAAUGAGGCAGUUUAUUGCUAUUAUAGAUAUCCUAAGCAAUUUAUGGAGUUAAUGGAUAUACCUGAUCGUUACUGGACGGAUGUUUUGGCGUUAAUUAUUAUAGCAAUCAUUCUGAGAAUAACAGCAUAUUUUGUAUUGAAAGCUAAAAUACAGUCGACGUGAUAAUAAAUAUAUUACAUUUUUAUGCUGCA